AAAUACGGGCCCGGCCUGCAGCAUGCUGAGAGAUGGAGGGGAAGGACAGUAGUGAGGAGGCGGUGGCCGCCAUAGAGGCCUGCUACCAAGGCUUCAACCCUGCGGCGUACCUGCAGUACAACUACACUCCUCCACGAGCCGACUUCCAGCGGAGCGACAGCAUCGUGCCGUGGAAACUCAGCUGCCUUCACAAAGCUUUCUCAGAGGCAGGCGGGAUGAAAGGAGAGGUUCUGGUGGAUGUGGGUUCCGGUCCGACUCUGUACCAGGUGAUGAGUGGCUGUGAGCACUUUGAUCGGGUGGUUCUGUCCGACUUCCUAGAGGUGAACCGGAAGGAGCUGCGCAGCUGGCUGCAGGGCGGCAAGAGCAGCCUCGACUGGACACCUUACCUGCAGUGUGUGUGUGAGCUGGAGGGUCGCAGCCCUACAGCCUGGACAGAGAAAGCGGAGAGGCUUCGCUCGGUGGUGACCGAUGUGCUGCCCAUCAAUGUUCACCAGCCCUGCCCCCUGCCGGCUGGAUCUAUACCCAGCUCAGGAGCUGACUGCCUGGUGUCCUCCUUCUGCCUGGAGAGUGUGAGCCCGGACCUGCCCUCCUUCACACGGGCACUGGGCCAUCUGUCCGGCCUCCUGCGGUCCGGCGGUCACCUGCUGCUGAUCGGAGCGCUGGGCGAGAGCUUCUAUCUCGGGGCUCCUGGCCUGCAGAUCCCGGUGGUGCCGCUGGAUGAGGCUCAGGUUUGUUCCAGCCUGAGAACCAGCGGCUACCAGCUGCUGCAGCUCAGUGUCUACCACCUACCACCAGAUAUGAGGGUCGGGGUGGACGAUGUCUCUGGAGUGUUCUUCGCCAAGGCCAGGAAACCGUAGUCGUGGCAACUGGAUGUAAAGGAUGUGAAGGUUAAGUGGUGGGUGGAAUGAAGGAGGAAUGUUUCCAUAUUUUUAUUGCCUUUGAUACGACAGCUAUUUCUGAUCAUGCAGUCUAAAGGUGGAAAGUGAUCCUACAAUGCCGAGCACAGUGGCACACUCAAACAACUAUGAAGUGAUACUCCAAAAAAUAUAUAUAGAAAUUUAAAUUAGUUUUAAGAGUCCUUUCCUGACUUUGAAAGCUGCUUUACACUAUAUUUUUUGUUAAAUAUGUACUUCUUCACACAGAUUCUUCAUUGCUGUCUGCUUUGUUAAAUCAAUAUAUACAGUGCAUCCGGCAAAUAUUCUCAGCGCUUCACUUAUUCCACAUUUUGUUAUGUUACAGCCUUAUUCCAAAUUGUAUUAAAUUAAUUUUAGUAAUUUUACAUAAAAUACCCCAUUAUGACCAUGUGAAAAAAGUUUAUUUAUAAGUGGAAUUAUUUUUUAUCACAAAUUAUAGUUUUUUCUGUAUUUUGUUUAUAAUUAGUUACAUUCAAGAAAAGGUGAUUUUACAACCAACCCAUGUUACUCCACAUUACAUUUACUGGUGUUAGAAAAAAAUAUGCAUGCAAUGUCUGAAUUACAUACAUCAAAAAACGAUCAGUUAUCACCUAAUAUUUAAAAUAAUAUAAAAGAUUAUUUAUCAUUAUUAUGUAUUGUAUGUCAAAUCUGUUGUAUAUUUACAUUUUCUCCACUCUUUAAAAAAAAGGGUCCUGCGCUUUUAAUUUUUUUCUACUGAGAGAAUGUAACUACGUUAUGUAACUACGAUUUUUGGCAGAAGAUAAUAUAAACGUCAGGACAUGUGUUCUUACUGUGAACUACAUAUGAACAGAAGUCAGGUUAGAUCAGUGUUUCUAAACCCUGUUCCUACAUAUUCUACUGCAUAUUAACACUGUUCUGCAUAUUCUACAGCUUUCUCUGCUUUAAAGGCAUUUAAUAAAGUAAGUGGUGGUAUGUUGUGUCUAAUAAACUGCUGGAUAUACAUAAUGAUUAAUUUAGGAUCAAUAGGGGGCAAAAAGAUUUUAACAGGUAAACUCAGUAAAUUGUUUGAUUGUUUAUUAGCUGAUCAGUUGGAUCUGAUGGAAAACACAGUUUUAAGGGCAGUGAUCAGGGUUAAGAAACUGCUUUAAACUACCAACAUUACCCAGUGUUGUACUAAAUUCUGUCUAUGCCCUACAUCCAGCUUCUAGAUAACUAGUUAUCUAAAUUAUUUUUUGUUCAUUAUAGCUCACAGUAAGUCCUGCAAUCCUAAAUUAAUACACAGUUUGAAAAUGAACGCCGUAUAUCCAGAUCUUAAAAUCAGCUGCGAAGGGGAGGGGCUUCCCCCCCACCAACACACUGACUCCUCCGCGCACUGCAAAAACAGCAAGCUGAUUGGCUGUUUCUCCUGAGAGGCGGAACCUAAUUCCUGAACCGGUCUGUUUCCUCAUUAAUAGUACUGCUGAGCUGAGCAAAACAAUAUCAUUUUUGGGGGGGACAAAUCCACCUGUUUCUAAUAUCCCCCCGGUUCCUAUGCACAU